GGACGCCGGGGAGCUUGUCCCGGGGCCCUGCCUCGGUUGAGAGGAUGGCCUCAGCAUGUGCUGGAACGGAGAAGCCUGGAGAACACAAUGACCUCGUCCAGCUUCGCAACCCAAACAUAGCGACAAUGAAGGAAGACGUCCUGUACCACUUCAGCCUGAGCACCAGCACGCACGACUUCCCGGCGAUGUUCGGAGACGUGAAGUUCGUAUGUGUUGGGGGAAGCCCUUCCCGGAUGAAAGCUUUCAUCAAAUACGUGGCGGGGGAGCUGGGCCUGGACCACCCAGGGGCAGACUACCCCAACAUCUGCGUGGGGACUGACCGCUACGCCAUGUUCAAAGUCGGACCGGUGCUGUCGGUCAGCCACGGGAUGGGCAUCCCCUCCAUCGCCAUCAUGCUGCACGAGCUCAUCAAGCUGCUGUACCACGCGCGGUGCUCCGGCGUCACCGCCAUCCGCAUCGGGACCUCGGGCGGGAUAGGUCUGGAGCCUGGCUCUGUGGUCAUCACCCGGCAGGCAGUGGACGCCUGCUUCAAGCCGGAGUUCGAGCAGAUGGUCCUCGGGAAGCGGGUGGUGCGGAGCACGGACCUGGACGAGCGGCUGGUGUGGGAGCUGGUGCAGUGCUCAGCGGACCUGGGCGAGUUCCCCACGGUGGUGGGAAACACCAUGUGCACGCUGGACUUCUACGAAGGGCAAGCCCGGCUGGACGGCGCCCUCUGCUCCUACACCGAGAAGGACAAGCAGACGUACCUGCAGGCGGCCUACGCGGCCGGCAUCCGCAACAUCGAGAUGGAGGCCUCGGUCUUCGCCUCCAUGUGCAACGCCUGUGGCCUCCGAGCGGCCGUGGUGUGCGUCACGCUCCUCAACCGCCUGGAAGGCGACCAGAUCAGCAGCCCCCACCGACGUGCUGCCGGACGUACCACGCAGCGGCCCCCGACCGCGGCGUGGUGGGGCCGACCUUCUAUCAAGAAGACACCCUCCGCGGCGGGCCCGGACGGGCCCCGACGGUCCUCUGGGCACCCCGAAUUUGAGGCUGCCCAGGAGGGAGCAGCCUGGUGGGCGGAGGUCCUGCUGGAGCCCCCCGGAGGCCGGCAGGUCCUGGAAUGUGUGUGUCCGCUGGCCCGCCUGCAGGAGCUGUUCCCAGGCCGAGAUCCCUGGGCCCCCAGAUUCCCGAGCGCCCCAGACUCCAGGGCUGAGGCUGGCCCCCCACCGGGGUGGGCAGGUCUCCGCACCGCCUGCCAGCAUCGUCCAGCUCCCCCUGAGGCCUUGCUGGGGUUCAGCCGCGUGACAACACCGCGUCACCUCUCCCGAGGCUGCGCCCUGGGGACCCCGGGUGGGCCGUCCGCUCCCCACACCGGGACCCCGACGGCGGCCCAGCCCCUGGCUGUGCACACGUGUGUGGCUGCGUGCGCACAGAGUGGUGACCUGGCAGCUGCCGCAGCCGUGCAGGUCCAGGCUCACAGCUUCCCGGCCACACCCCCUGCUCGGGCUGUCGUGGGCCUGGCCACAGAGGAGAGGUGGCUGCCCUUGACUGAACUUCCCCAGCAGGGUUUCCGGGUCCGAGGUGAGGACGCCUGCGCUGGGGGCAGGAACCUGGACACCGGCUACAUCCGCCGGCAGCGCCACCACCGGCUGACCGUCGCCUAA